CAUGAUCCCCAAGGCCGGCAAGAAGGCUGUUGCCAUCGCAAUCUUCUCGUCCGUCCUCCCCGCGAGCGCCGUCUUGCUCGUCGCCUCCCUCCAGGGUGCCAACCUUCCCCCGAGCUUCCAGCAAGGCGCCAUCCUCGUGAACCUGGCCUCCAGGUGGUCCCGGACCUCCUACACCGUCCUCUCCUGCGCGCUCGCCGAGCUGGAGCUCCUCACCUCCAAGCUCGGCCGCCUCGCCAUGUCGGCGUCCAUCAUCAUCGACGUCAGCAACAUGUUCAUCACCUCCGCCAUCGGCGGCUACGUGCUCUCCUUGAAGCUCGAGAUGCCCGGGAAGGCGGCGGCCUCCAUCGUCAGCUUCCUCUGUUUCUUGUUCUUCAUCAUGUUCUUGGCACGGCCAUUCAUCGUAUGGGUGAUCCGACGGAGGACGCCGGAAGGGGCGCUGCUCGACGAGGCGUGCUUCAUGAUGGUUAUCUUCAUCGCGCUCGGCUGCGGGCUGAUCAGCGAGAUGAUCGGGUUCCACGUCACGAUGGGGCCCUUCGUACUUGGCCUGGUGCUGCCGGGAGGGGCGCCGCUGGGGGUCACCAUGGUGGAGAAGAUGGAGACGAUGGUGACGGGAGUUUUCCUGCCGGUGUUCCUGGCGACCGCGGGGCUGAAGAUGAACUUGGCCAAGUUGACGAACUUCAAGGAGUGGGGGCUGCUGGGAGCCUACAUCAUUCUGUUGACGCUGGCCAAGCUCAUCGGGGUGAUGCUGCCCUGCCUCUGCUGCAAGAUGCCGCUGCGCGACGCCUUGUCCGUAGGCCUCAUGAUGAACGCUCGGGGUAUCUUUGAAGUCGAUACCGUCUUCCGAUGGUACGAUAACAAGAACGUGGAUGACCAGCUCUACGCCACAGUCGUCCUCUUCAUCAUCAUCCUCGGCGGUGGCACCGCCCCCCUGGUGAAGUACCUGUACCACCCGGAGGACCGGUUCGUAGCCUACAAGCGACGGACGGUCCAGCAUUCGAAGCGCGGCGACGAGCUCCGGGUGCUGGCCUGCAUCCACAGCCAGGACAAUGUGGCCCCCAUCAUCACACUCCUGGAGGCCUCCAACCCCAUCGCCGACUCCCCCAUCUGCGUCUACCUCAUCCACCUCGUGCAGCUCGUCGGUCGCGCCGACGCCAUCCUCGUCCCCCACAAGCGCCACCGCUCCUCCCCUUCCACCGACACCGAUCGCAUCGUCAACGCCUUCCGCUUCUUCGAGCAGCAGCACCCCACCAGCGUCUCUCUCAUCCCCUACGUCUGCAUCUCCCCCUACGCCACCAUGCACAACGACAUCUGCUCCCUCGCCCUCGACAAGAAGAUCACCCUCGUCAUCCUCCCUUUCCACCGCAACAUCACCAUCGACGGCACCCUCGCCACCGCCACCGUAGCCCUGCAGGCCGUCAACUGCAACGUCGUUCGUUACGCUCCCUGCUCCGUCGCCAUCCUCAUCGACCACGGCCUCACAGCCGCCGGAACCGCCGCGCCGGCUUUCGGCGGCGGCCACUCGCUGCAACGCAUCGCGGUCUACUUCCUCGGCGGAGCCGACGACAGGGAGGCGCUGGCGUACGCGGCGCGCAUGGCGGAGGACCCGGCGGUCGGGCUGACGGUGGUGCGCAUCCAGCCGCCGCCGGAGUGGCGGUGCGGCGAGGAGAAGGACGAGCUGCUGGACGACGAGAUGCUGGACGAGUUCCGGCGGGAAAGGUUGGAAGAGGAGAGGGUGGCGUACAGGGAGGAGGUGGCGAAGGACGGGGCGGAUACGGUGAGGGUGAUACAGGAGACGAGUGAGGGUUUCAGCCUGCUGGUGGUGGGGCGGAGGGAAGGGAUGGAGUCGCCGCUGACGGAGGGGAUGUCGAUGUGGAGCGAGUAUCCGGAGCUGGGGGUGAUCGGGGACCUGCUGGCGUCCACAGACUUCGGGGGGAGGGUGUCGACGCUGGUGGUGCAGCAGCAGACCAGAGUGAGGAGUACGCAGGCUGAGAGCCCCAGGGCGGUCCGAGCUGCGGGGAGGCAAGUGGUUCCGGCUACCGAUAAGUAGAGAAAACUGUGGCUUUUAAGGUUCGUUUUUCUCCUACCGUCGGAAGGGUUUCUGCUUUCUGUAUCCUCGGUUUUGGAGGGUCCAUCCUAAAAUAUUUUGUAAACUAGGUGUGAAUGUAGAUGUUAGGCCAGGCGAUCGGGAGGAAUAAGAUGGUUCCUUGUAAGUUUGUACUUGAAACAAAGCUCCUUUUUUAACCUUUCAGCUUGU